CUAUAAAAACAUUUACUUCUCAUCAGGACAUCACACCGAUUUCAACCGACAACAAUGAAGACCUUCCUUCUCCUGACCCUGCUUGCCCUAGUGGCCUGCAGCUAUGCUGCUCCAACCUCCAACCUUGCUGCUGUGGAUGCUCUCCUCAACAACCUGAAUGAUGCUCAACUAGAGAGCCUUCUCAAUGUGCAAGCUCAAGAUGUCGAUGAUGAUGACCGUAUUGCACAAAUCGAAGCUAUGCUACAAGAUGCAAAAUUUCAAUCAUGGUUCAGAGAUGCCAUCAGUAAAGUGAAAGACAUUGGCAAGAAGGCUUACAGUGGAAUUAAGACAGUUGCAGAGAAUCCAAUGGUUAGGGAAAUCGGAAAGCAGCUCCUAAGCACAUACCUGCCCGCUGAUGCUCAAAAUGACGAUGACAACAAUGUUGCUGCACUCAUGGCAAUGAUACAAGACAACGAUGAUGAAAGCAUUGCUGAAAUCGAAGCACUGCUACAAGAUGCAAGAUUUCAAUCAUGGUUCAAAGAUGCCAUCAGUAAAGUGAAAGACAUUGGCAAGAAGGCUUACAGUGGAAUUAAGACAGUUGCAAAGAAUCCAAUGGUUAGGGAAAUCGGAAAGCAGCUCCUAAGCACAUACCUGCCCGUUGAUGCUCAAAAUGACGAUGACAACAAUGUUGCUGCGCUCAUGGCAAUGAUGCAAGACAACGAUGAUGAUGAAAGCAUUGCUGAAAUCGAAGCUAUGCUACAAGAUGCAAGAUUUCAAUCAUGGUUCACAGAUGCCAUCAGUAAAGUGAAAGACAUUGGCAAGAAGGCUUACAGUGGAAUUAAGACAGUUGCAAAGAAUCCAAUGGUUAGGGAAAUCGGAAAGCAGCUCCUAAGCACAUACCUGCCCGCUGAUGCUCAAAAUGACGAUGACAACGAUGUUGCUGCACUCAUGGCAAUGAUGCAAGACAACAAUGAUGAUGAAAGCAUUGCUGAAAUCGAAGCUAUGCUACAAGAUGCAAGAUUUCAAUCAUGGUUCACAGAUGCCAUCAGUAAAGUGAAAGACAUUGGCAAGAAGGCUUACAGUGGAAUUAAGACAGUUGCAAACAAUCCAAUGGUUAGGGAAAUCGGAAAGCAGCUCCUAAGCACAUACCUGCCCGCUGAUGCUCAAAAUGACGAUGACAACGAUGUUGCUGCACUCAUGGCAAUGAUGCAAGACAACAAUGAUGAUGAAAGCAUUGCUGAAAUCGAAGCUAUGCUACAAGAUGCGAGAUUUCAAUCAUGGUUCAAAGAUGCUAUCAGUAAAGUUAAAGACAUUGGCAAGAAGGCUUACAGUGGAAUUAAGACAGUUGCAGAGAAUCCAAUGGUUAGGGAAAUCGGAAAGCAGCUCCUAAGCACAUACUUGCCCGCUGAUGCUCAAAAUGACGAUGACAACAAUGUUGCUGCACUCAUGGCAAUGAUGCAAGACAACGAUGAUGAUGAAAGCAUUGCUGAAAUCGAAGCUAUGCUACAAGAUGCAAGAUUUCAGUCAUGGUUCACAGAUGCCAUCAGUAAAGUGAAGGACAUUGGCAAGAAGGCAUACAGUGGAAUUAAGACAGUUGCAAAGAAUCCAAUGGUUAGGGAAAUCGGAAAGCAGCUCCUAAGCACAUACCUGCCCGCUGAUGUUCAAAAUGACGAUGACAACGAUGUUGCUGCACUCAUGGCAAUGAUGCAAGACAACGAUGAUGAUGAAAGCAUUGCUGAAAUCGAAGCUAUGCUACAAGAUGUGAGGUUUCAAUCAUGGUUCAAAGAUGCUAUCAGUAAAGUGAAAGACAUUGGCAAGAAGGCUUAUAGUGGAAUUAAGACAGUUGCAGAGAAUCCAAUGGUUAGGGAAAUCGGAAAGCAGCUCCUAAGCACAUACUUGCCCGCCGAUGCUCAAAAUGACGAUGACAACGAUGUUGCUGCACUCAUGGCAAUGAUGCAAAACAACGAUGAUGAAAGCAUUGCUGAAAUCGAAGCUAUGCUACAAGAUGCGAGAUUUCAAUCAUGGUUCAAAGAUGCUAUCAGUAAAGUUAAAGACAUUGGCAAGAAGGUUUACAGUGGAAUUAAGACAGUUGCAGAGAAUCCAAUGGUUAGGGAAAUUGGAAAGCAGCUCCUAAGCACAUACCUGCCCGCCGAUGCUCAAGAGGAUGAUAGUAUUGAACUCGAAAAAAUUCUCCAAGAAGCACUUAAGAAGCACAAUAAUAUUGAUUAAUGGUUGCUGUAUUAAAGAUUGUGGACAAACAAUAAUUAUACCGACACGUAGUUUAUAAUUAUGCAUGCAUGUUUGAUUGUAUAAUGAUUGUAUCUUGAUGGAAUUUAUUUUUGCUCAUG